AUGGCUCCCGCCGUCGGUAUUGAUCUGGGAACCACCUACUCCUGUGUGGGUGUCUUCCGUGAUGACCGCAUUGAAAUCAUUGCCAACGACCAGGGUAACCGUACCACCCCCUCGUUCGUUGCCUUCACCGACACCGAGCGUCUCAUCGGUGAUGCCGCCAAGAACCAGGUCGCCAUGAACCCCCACAACACCGUCUUCGACGCCAAGCGUCUUAUCGGUCGCCGCUUUCAGGAUGCCGAGGUUCAGGCUGAUAUGAAGCACUGGCCUUUCAAGGUCAUUGAGAAGGCUGGCAAGCCCGCCAUCGAGGUUGACUUCAAGGGCGAGACCAAGCAGUUCACCCCUGAGGAAGUCUCCUCCAUGAUCCUGACCAAGAUGCGUGAGACCGCUGAGGCCUACCUCGGUGGCACCGUCAACAACGCUGUCGUCACUGUCCCCGCCUACUUCAACGACUCACAGCGCCAGGCCACCAAGGACUCCGGUCUCAUUGCCGGUCUGAACGUCCUGCGUAUCAUCAACGAGCCUACUGCGGCCGCUAUUGCCUACGGUCUGGACAAGAAGACUGAGGGCGAGCGCAACGUCCUGAUCUUCGAUCUGGGUGGUGGUACCUUCGAUGUUUCCCUCUUGACUAUUGAGGAGGGUAUCUUCGAGGUCAAGUCCACUGCUGGUGACACCCACCUGGGUGGUGAGGACUUCGACAACCGUCUGGUCAACCACUUUGUCAACGAAUUCAAGCGCAAGCACAAGAAGGACCUCACCACCAACGCUCGUGCUCUCCGCCGUCUUCGCACUGCUUGCGAGCGUGCUAAGCGCACUCUGUCCUCGGCUGCUCAGACCUCGAUUGAGAUCGACUCGCUCUUCGAGGGUAUUGACUUCUACACCUCUAUCACCCGUGCCCGUUUCGAGGAGCUCUGCCAGGACCUCUUCCGCUCCACCAUGGAGCCCGUUGAGCGUGUCCUCCGUGACGCCAAGAUCGACAAAUCUUCCGUCCAUGAGAUUGUCCUGGUCGGUGGUUCGACCCGUAUCCCCAAGAUCCAGAAGCUCGUCUCCGACUUCUUCAACAAGGACGCCAACAAGUCCAUCAACCCUGACGAGGCUGUUGCCUAUGGUGCCGCUGUCCAGGCCGCUAUCCUGUCUGGUGACACUUCCUCUAAGUCCACCAACGAGAUCCUGCUGCUUGACGUCGCCCCGCUGUCGCUCGGUAUCGAGACUGCUGGUGGUGUCAUGACCCCGCUGAUCAAGCGCAACACCACUAUCCCCACCAAGAAGUCUGAGACCUUCUCGACCUACUCCGACAACCAGCCCGGUGUCCUGAUCCAGGUCUUCGAGGGUGAGCGUGCCCGUACUAAGGACAACAACCUGCUCGGCAAGUUCGAGCUCACUGGCAUUCCCCCGGCUCCCCGUGGUGUGCCCCAGAUUGAGGUUACCUUCGACCUGGAUGCCAACGGUAUCAUGAACGUCUCCGCCCUUGAGAAGGGUACCGGCAAGACCCACAAGAUUACCAUCAGCAACGACAAGGGCCGUCUCUCCAAGGAAGAGAUCGAGCGCAUGCUGGCUGAGGCCGAGAAGUAUAAGGCUGAGGACGAGGCCGAGGCUUCCCGUAUCCAGGCCAAGAACGGUCUCGAGUCGUACGCCUACUCGCUCAAGAACACCCUGGGCGAGGGCAAGCUGCAAAUCAGCGACGACGACAAGAAGAAGGUCGAGGACAAGAUCUCGGAGAUCAUCAACUGGCUCGACAACAACCAGACCGCUGAGAAGGACGAGUACGAGUCCCAGCAGAAGGAGCUCGAGGCUAUUGCCAACCCCAUCAUCUCCGCUGCCUACGGCGGUGCCGCUCCCGGUGGCGCUCCUGGCGGUGCUGGCGGUGCCCGCUCCGCUGACGAGGUCGAGGAGAAGCCUGAGGAGCUUGACUAA